UCUGUCGCACAUUUUCCCGCGACGGAUGAACGAGUAGUCCACAGGCGAUAGAUCUAUGAGAGCUGUUAGGGACCGCCCCCCAUCUGAGCAGUUUCCAGCACAACACCUGAGCCAUGUCCAUAUCGAGACUGCAGCUGGCGGCGGCCCUCUUAGAAUACGACAACGACGAUGAUGAACCGUCCUCUUCGCGACCUCAUAUCUCUCAUCGCGAUUCCGCCUUGUUCAAACCGUUCGCUCCUAAACCUCUGGAUGGAUGGGACCUCCCUUCGAAUGGUCGACGACACGAUGGCGAUGAGGGUCGGGCGCAGCCACGGAGACGACUUCAACCUAGUCCUGUGCCUUCUGUUCGACCGCACAAUGGACAGAUGAUGAACGGGCCGUAUCCUAGCAUGUCGUCGAGGCGAUUAGACAGACUCCUGGACCCGGACUAUGACGAAUCUCACGUUCAGCCGGAGGCGCAGACCCUCCCCGAACAUGUCCUCGACACACCUCAUUGGCAGUCCUCUCGACCCAAUGCCCCACCCCAAAUCACCCUUCCUCACAUCACGCCGCCCGAACCUGACAUUCAAUCUCCACUCGAUACCGUCUCAUCCUCUCCUGCCAUCCCCAGCGGCUCCUUCUUCCCACGUCCGCCGCUCCCGCUCCCGCUCCGAGACGCAGACGUAGGUCACUUGACGCCCGAAGCGAUCACCUCUCCACUUCAAGGGCGAGCAGCGUCCAUCCAUCUCAGCCUGAGUGGGAACAACAGCGCUCAGAGUCAACUCAGCGAGCGGGAGCAGGUUGAAUACUUUGGAGGGGCUGACGAUGUCGAAGAGGUCUUGCGACGCUCAGAACAGGUUCGAUCGCUUGCCGAGGGAGCUUUGCGAUCACCUCGGAUGAUCCCUCUUCCUCCUUCUCCCGGGAACACGCUCAACGCCAUGACCAGCCGACCCAUCUCUUCGCUCAGCCGUCUGUCAUCUUCCAAGUCGAUCUUCCACGCCAAUGCCGAUAUCACCCGAGACGAUGGCCCAAACCCGUUCGCGCUUCCUCCUCCACCUGCAGAACUGGGCAGUCGAUUCGACCCGAAGCGGAGCAUCGAUCUCGGUUCAGGCUCUCGACCAUCGAUGAGCAAUCGCGUGUCAUUCGCUGACCCAACUGGUCGUCGCAACUCACUUGGCGACAUGACUGGGAUAGAUCAAGACUUUGGCCCGGCUAUGCCACCUCGUCAACGUCGCAUGUCGGGAACUCCUGCUCAAGCUUUGGCUUCCCUUCCAUCCGAUAGACCCGCCUCCAAGACAUGGGAUGAUAUACCGACACCCAACGAGUUUGGUCGACCUCUCAUGCCUAAUCGAUACUCUACCAUGAGCAAUCUCUCCUCCCUACGUGAUAAGAGGACCUCGGUGCUUCGCCCACAAACACUGUUCAUGCCUCGACCGCUUUCUGGUAUCCUGCCCCCACCGUCCCCUCCCAAAAACGUACCUGAUGGCUAUACGCUCGGAGACAAACCACUUCCACCUGGUUCUCGAUCGUCCAUCUUGUCACUUGCCAAUCCCCGGCCUGGUCUACCAAUGAGUCUGAGUAUGAGGACAUUCAGGGACAGUCUUUUGGCAGAUAUACCGAGGGAGGACGUGGUUGAGGCACAAGGAGAGCAAGAAGGUGAACUCGAGCCCGAGGCAGAAGACGAACGGAGACCAGGCAAGCUGUACGGGACCAGCCUCAUGGAUCAGCUGGAAGCGAGGAAAGCGGCUCAACGAUCAAGACAGCGUGUCUUUGUCGGGGAUUCGAGACCCGCCAUGAUGGCUAGGCCAUCGCAGGGUCAGGAAGUUGAGUCGAUUCAGCCUGACACAGCUCAGCGCGAUACAAUCCUGCAGUCAAAGUCAAAUGUCGAUCUCGCCGCCUCCCACGAUAGAAUCUCCAAAUCGCGCUCAGUGUUCGGCGUCGAUCAGCUAUGGGAGAAGGAACUGGCCAAGCUCAAAGUGAGGCAGGAAGAAGAAGCACGUGAGGCGGCUCAGCAGGCCGCACGGGAAGCCCUCGAGGGGAAGAAACGAGGCAAAAAGGACAAAGGCAAGGGCAAAGUCACGCCCACGCCGAUCGAGCCGGAGUUGUUGUUGCCUUCUUCCCCUGUCAGGACGACUAUGGAGCUAGGACACGGACUGCCUAUCUCUCCCAUCAAGCGUCUGUCUGGCGGUCCACCAAGAUUGUCCUACUCUCCUGCCAAGGCUCCGCCGACAAUGAUACCGCACUUGGCUGGAGACGAGAGACGUGCAGCUGCGGGGAAGAAUGACGGAUGGUCGAGUGACGGUGAAGAUGAGAAGCAGGUUCCAUCGCCGGAGGUAGAUGACGAUGACUCUGACGAGGACGUCCCGCUCUCCCGGUUAGCGCCUAAGAGGUCCGAACUCGACGACGACGACUCGGACGAGGACGUGCCCUUGUCCAAGCUCGCCACUGGCAAACCGAAUGAAAACCGACCUGUCAAGCUCACGUCGCCCACGUUGAAUCUCGACACUGCAGAGUUUGGCACCAGCUCGCUUGGCUUAGACAUACCCGGCUUGACGCCGACCACGGCCGCCGCCCAGGAUGAUGAUGUACCGCUUGCUCUGCGUCGUCCUGCCACACAGCUGCUCGAUGCGGAAGACGACAUUCCUCUGGGACUGAAGCGUCAAUCCGCUUUCGCCUCUCCCUAUGGCGAUGCGUAUCUUGGCUCGUAUCCAUCGAUGGGGAUGCCAAGUCUCCCAUCGAUGCCAUAUGGCAUGCCUUACCCUCAAUACCCGCCUGUCAACCCUUAUGGAUACCCCGUAUACCAGUAUCCUCCCUAUGCCUAUGGAGUUAGUCCAUACCCUCGGCCAGAAUCCGUUCACGAGUACAUGAAUCCCAACUUUGGGAUGCCUCCGAGUGCGGCUCAGCAACAGGCUGCAGUGAGUAAGAUUGACAGUUGGAGGAAAGAGGUCGCUGUCGCGCCUGCCGGGGGAAGUAGUGGAUCAAGUGGACCGGGUGUGGCCUAACACUCUACAGUCUAUGCAUGUGAUGCGUCGAGUGCAGAUCGUCGUUGCCAUGUGGAGCGCCACAGUCGACGCUCGCCGUGUCCCGUUGGCACGCGAUGAAAAAAAAUUGGGCACUGUACCGAACAUUGAGCAGAGG